AUGUCAACCAAACCACUGGCCUGUGUCCUACUGCUGUCACUGCUUCACACCUGCUCUCUGACACUGGAGUACGAGGACUACGAGGAUGUCACAGUGAACCAAAUGCUGGCUCCUAAAUCACAUGAAACCGACGCCACGGAAAUACUCAACAAUCUGCUGAAAGAGUACGAUAAGAAACUCAGACCGGAUAUCGGAGUUAAACCAACUGUCAUAGAUGUCGACAUAUUUGUGAACAGCAUUGGACCAGUGUCUUCAAUAAAUAUGGAAUACCAAAUCGACAUCAUCUUUGCCCAGACGUGGAUUGACAGCCGUCUGAGAUACAACAGCACAAUGAAGAUACUGACUCUAAACAGCAAUAUGGUCGGACUUAUUUGGCUGCCAGACACCAUCUUCAGGAACUCCAAGAAUGCGGAUUCCCAUUGGAUUACGAUGCCGAACCAGCUGCUCAGAAUAUGGAAUGAUGGGAAAAUACUUUACACCUUAAGACUGACAAUAAACGCAGAAUGCCAGCUUCAGCUGCACAACUUUCCCAUGGACGAGCACUCCUGCCCUCUCAUCUUUUCCAGCUAUGGAUACCCACGAGACGAGAUGAUUUACAAGUGGAGGAAGAACUCUGUGGAGGCGUCUGAUCAAAGAAACUGGCGUCUCUACCAGUUUGAUUUUAUGGGCCUGAGAAACACUACAGACAUAAUAAAGACUACAGCAGGGGACUAUGUGGUGAUGACGGUGUUCUUUGACCUGAGCAGGAGAAUGGGCUACUUCACCAUCCAGACUUACAUCCCCUGCAUCCUCACCGUGGUCCUCUCCUGGGUGUCCUUCUGGAUCAAAAAGGACGCCACGCCAGCCAGAACGGCUUUAGGUAUCACCACAGUUCUGACUAUGACUACUCUCAGUACUGUGGCCAGGACGUCAUUACCCAGAGUGUCUUAUGUCACUGCCAUGGACCUGUUUGUCUCUGUCUGCUUCCUGUUUGUCUUCGCUGCUCUGAUGGAGUAUGCAACAUUGAAUUACUACUCAAACAGCGCCAGAAAACUCAGCUGUAUGAAGCCUAAACGACCAAACUACUCUGUCCUGGACGUGCGACCUCCACACACCGUCAUCACUCUGAACAACUCCAUGUACUGGCAGGACUUUGAGGACGCUUGCGUAUACGAGUGUCUGGAUGGGAAAGACUGCCAGAGCUUCUUCUGCUGCUUCGAGGAGUGUAAAGAAGGUGGAUGGAGAAAAGGACACAUCCACGUAGAUCUACUUGAACUGGAUGCGUACUCACGCGUCUUUUUCCCCACCUCCUUCAUACUCUUCAACGUGGUCUACUGGGUGGGCUAUCUCUACCUUUAG